AGGGUGGAGCGCCUUCACCGUUUGACAGAAACUUUGGAACCAAGAUCUCCGCCAGAGCCAUGCAGUGGAUCAGCACAAAGCUAAAGGAGGCUCAGGGGAAAGGAAAAAGGUUUAUGACCGAUGAUUGCAUUUGCGUGCUGGGAAUAAGCAAAAGAAACCUCCUUUUCCAACCUGUGGCACAACUGAAGAAGGAAACAGACUUUGAGCACCGGAUCCCCAAGGAGCAGUGGUGGCUGAAGCUGCGGCCGCUCAUGAAGAUCCUGGCCAAGUACAAGGCCAGCUACGAGGUGUCCGACCCCGGCCAGCUGGAGCACGUGCACCACCGAGGCCACGAGGAGCCUGCCGCCAUCUAGACGCCGCCGGCCCGCACCGCCUGGCUGGCGCUGCUUCCGACUUCCCGUUUACUGCCAGUUUUUGUAACACUUAAGUUAUUUAUCGGCACUUCGCGUGAGUUCUGCUGACAUUAACACCCGGUCACAGAGCCCCCCCCGUCCUGUCUCCCUCUCCCCGCGGACCCCAAGGCUCCAGCACGACUUGUCUGCUGCGUCUCCUACUGUUUCUCGCUUUCAAACAUGUGUAUCCAGUAGAAUUAAACGUUUGGCUAAAACUCCAA